ACUACCUCAACAUUUUCACUUCCCCUUCGCUAAAUCUAGUGACUCAAAUGGGAAGGAGAACGUAUAAAAACGAAGUGAGGCCGUCGGACAAAUCAUAGCUACAGACAGUACAGGACGGUACAUCUACAGCGAGAAGCACAACAGGACAUCUACAGCACAAGGAUGGAAUCCACGAAAAGCAAUCCAAGAGAUGCCACUGGCAGUGAUCUGUCUGAUCAAAUAAAAGCAGUCACCAGAGACAGUCAUGUCAGAGCUGAGAACACACAACUGAUGCUCAACUACCAGAAAGGACAGAUCACACAAACACAGUAUAAGCUCCUGCUGUGUUCUCUGUAUGAGAUCUACCAAGCGCUUGAAGAAGAGCUGGACAGGAACGCCAACCAUCUCGCGGUUCAGCCCAUCUACUUUCCUCAGGAGCUGGCCAGACUGGAGUCUCUGGAGCUGGACCUGGAGCACUUCUUCGGACCCCACUGGAGGAAGAGAAUAACAGUGCCUGCCGCCACACACAGAUACACCCAGAGACUGAGAGAGAUUGGCAAGAACAGCCCGCUUCUUCUAGUGGCACAUGCAUAUACACGCUAUCUUGGUGAUUUGUCAGGAGGACAAGUGCUGGGCAAAAUUACCCAGAAGUCCUUGGGACUGAGCGGCAACAAGGGAGUUUUAUUCUUCUCAUUUCCUGGAGUGUCGAGCCCCAACAAAUUCAAGCAGCUGUAUAGGAGCAGAAUGAACAGCAUUGAGUUAACAGAGAAGCAGAGACGGGAAGUGCUGGAUGAGGCCACCAGAGCUUUUGAGUUCAAUAUUGAGGUUUUUGAUGAUCUUCAGAAAAUGCUGAGCAUCACACAGGAAGCUUCAAGUGAAAAAGGAAAUGCCACAGAAUCCAAAACCGCUUCAAAUGCCUUCUCCAGCUCUCCAGUGCUUCAGUUUGCAUUAGGUGUGGGAAUCACUUUGGCAACUGUUGGAAUGGGAGUUUAUGCUUUCUGAUUUGUUUAAUUUUUUUUUUUUUUUUUUUAAAUGUUGCAACUUCUUAAUACUAUGAUAAGGUAAAAUCUACAGGUUGAUCUUUAACAAUCACUAAUCACAGAUAUUAUAAAACACCCAGCAGUAAAUCUUUAGUUUAAAAAAUCUAUUUUUGGAUUUUCCUUUAAAACGUUCACAUUUAAAAAAACGCUCAUGUACAUUUGUAAUUGCUUUCUGUGUAUUUAUGUGAAAUGGAAUAAAGCUAUUUUUAAUUCAA